GCGGCGAUCCUGGAGAAGCAGCACCGGACCAAGCUCAUCGCGCUCUACGUCUGUCGCUUCCAAGCGCGGAUCAUCGUGGUCGACCGCGGGUCCUUCGUUAUAUCCAACCCGUUCGGAUGGCGUACGAAGGACGACCCGACCUUGUACGAGUUCUUCUGGCGCCUCGCGCUGCUCUCUGGAUCUAAGGAAGUCCUGGGCUUCGACCUCUCGAAGACGCUAUCCGACUUUCGUGGAGUGUGCGAGCAGUCGAAGUGGGACCUCCGGGUCAAGAAGAUGUGCAAGCAGUGGGUGGACUACAUCUCGCGCAAGAUGCGCCUCUCGAUGCCCACUUCGCAGUGGCCCUUCUACCGUCUCAACAUAUGCGGCAAGAAAUAUCUGAUCGCCGCGCCAAGCACCACGUCCAGUGCGCUCUUCGGGCCUUCCCGUCGCAUCUUCAUCGCCUACUGCGAGGACGACGACGAGCUGCGCACGGUCAAAGACUACUGGCGACUCGACUCGGACGCCCCAGCUCCACGCGAACACGACAUAUACGCUCGCCUAGCUGUUACCAAGGUCAGGAAUGUGCCCGAGUGCGAGUGCGGGGAAGACGUCACCGUUGGACCGGGCGGCGACCAACAGCGUACGGCGACGCUCGAUCGGUGGGGGCCCGACCCUCCCAGGACGAAGACGCUCGUGCACUAUCGCAUCGUCCUGAAGCAAGUCUACAAGCCGCUGCUCAACUUCGGCGACUUCCAGAGCUUGUGUGGGGACCUGGCGGACGCCAUGGAAGCACACCUCGACGCGUGUGAGAAGGCGCAUCUAAUACACCGCUCGAUCAGCCUCUGGAGCGUCGGUCUCUAUGUUUUCCCGGGCGAAGUAACCCCGCGGUGCCUGCUCGGCGAUUGGGAGUGGGCGAAGACUGAAGAAGAGAUCGCUCAGAGGAGGGCUCGACGAGAUGUGAUCCCGGGCGCGUGGUACUUCCACUCAGCACUAGUGGCGAACUUUCCUGCGCGUGGUCACGCCGUUUCAGACGACGUUGAGUCGUUCAUUCACCUCUUCCAGUACUCCGUCUUGCGCUUUACCCGGACGUCUUGCACACCCCACUUUUUAUUGAAAGCCCUGUACAAGAUCGACGAGGCCAAAAUCCUCCCCAAGAUUGUCAACAUGGUGUACGGCGACUACGUAUUAUUCGACGGUGAAAGGUACAACGGAGGCGAUAAUAAACUCUUGUUCACGCAGAGGUCUACUUCAUGGAUCAAGCCGCAGGACAAACAGAAGAAACCCCUGACGGCGCUCUUGAAGGAGCUCGCAAAGAUGGUGCAUGAGCACUACGGAACGUUCAACGCCGACGACUACACGGAAGAGUUCUAUUCGCGUGACUCGGAGUCGCCUACUGUACUCUUCAGCGACAUGAAGAUCUCGAGUGACGACGACGGUGGCUCGAAGGUGGGCGGAGAAUCCGAUUAUGCCAUGAGUGACGCCGAUGACGGCGCCGACAAGGACGCCGAAGACCCCGACAAGGACACCAUGGACACGGAAGACAGCGCUCCUCCUUGGCUACCUUCUUACGACGGCCCCUUCACGACGAGCGAUUCCAAGGUUCUCGAAGAGAACGGCCCGUUGAAGAACCAUGCCGGUCUGCUGAACCUCUUCCGCAAGUACCAUGGGGAAGUGCGGUGGAGGAAGGAGGAGGCUAAGAUCGACGGCGACUUGUUCCUACUUGCUUACCGAUCCAAGGCCAAGAAGCGGUGA